AUGUCCCACAGUCCACUGCUCAGCUCUCUGUGUCUGGACAGAAGUGCAGCUCUGGCUUCUACAGAGUACAGGCUGGGCCACACCGGGAACUGUCAGUUCAACACCACCGGGUACCACUGUGAAUGGUGUGAAGAGGGUUACUAUGGAAACGCAGCCCACAGGACCUGCCGUGCCUGUCCAUGCCCGUUUCCAUACAACAAUUUUGCUCUGGCCUGUCUGGACAUUGGCGCAGUGGUGGUAGAAUGCUUGUGUAAACACGGUUACAGUGGAGCCAGAUGUGAGAGAUGUGCAUUUGGUUUCUACGGCAAUCCAAUGGCGCAUGGAGGCAGCUGCAAGCCCUGCAACUGUAAGGACGGCACCUUGAACAUUUGUGACUCUCUAACUGGAGAGUGCAUCACAUCUGCUGACAGCAGUUGUGGUGAUCACUGCCAUGAAUGUGACAGCUGCUCUGUCGCCUUACCAGUGGACUUGGAAAGGAUGGACGAUGCUCUGGCUUUGCUGAAGCAGCAGCUGCAGAAUGUCACUAAUGGCCCCAGUUCACCCUCUGGGCUGAACCACCUGGGGGCUAACAUCUCUGAAACCAAGAUUCUGGUUGGCAGGUACAACACUGCUGUGAGAUGCCUGGAUCCAAAGGUUGAACAGCUGGAAGCAGAUGUGGAUGAUGUCGGAGAUGACUGGAGUCAUCUGACUGAUGAGACACUUGAAACUGUAUCAGAUCUGGGGAUGGUCUUGCAGAGUGUGAAUGGAACAAAUUUAAAGGCAGAGGAGCUUUUCUCUGAAGCUGAAGCUCUCCCCACAGCAAUACAAGGUAAAUCAGUAUGUGUUUUAAAACCUUAA